AAGUGCAUCCCUGAGAGCGUGUUAGGAUUACACAUUGAUGAAUAUAUCAAGCAUUGCGACACUGCUACACAACAUGAGAGUGACAACUACAUGCCCACUUUGUCAGAAGGAGUUUUUCCACCUUCAGCAGCAUCUUAAAAAAUCACACCACUUGGCAAACCGUGAGGAGCUCCGCCUCAUCGUUCUUUACAGCUCUGGGCGUAUUAACAGCAAAUUGAAAUGCCCUCAUUGUGCCAAGGAUCUGGUUCGUCUGGAUAAGCAUUUCGCUUUCUUCCACAACCUGAGUGCUGUGGACCGUCAGGCACAACUAAAACGUGCCAAACAACAAAGGGUACUGGAACUCCUUGCGACUCUCCGGGCCUCACAUCCACAUCCACCAAUGCUGACAAGCCUGGAUGUGCAAAUGAGCAACAAAGCUGAGGAGGAACAUCCAGACGUCCCCCAGAAUGUUCCGGCAGCCCCUGCCAAUGAUCCCGCAGCUCCUGCAGCCAAGACACGAUCCAGGACAGCCACUAGUUUGAGCUCUGGAAUGAAAAAAUACAGAAUAACGCGACAAAUUGCAGAUAUCGCAGCUCUGAGAAGGAGGAUAAGGGCCAUGAAAUAUGAAAGGGCGCCUUCCAGGUUUGUUUGUGGUGUGACCAAUUCCACAGCUAUAAAACACAAAUUGGAGCACUUGGAGCAUUUUCUAAAGUGGAUCCUGAAAACAAGAUCGAAGUGGGUGCGUGCAUCUCUGAGCUAUGCCAUCAUGAUGAUAAAGAACAUUAAGAAGCAUGUGACACGUGGCAGUAUGACCCGCCAGCAAGAAGUUGGUCAAGACACAAAGGCAGUUUCCUCAUGCCAGUGAGGACUUGCUGCCAGACCGAUGCACGAUUUCUCAGAGAGCUCACUACUGAUGCCUUUGGACCUCCAGUACAUGGCUCUCUGAACAUGAUGGAUGAAGCUAGACUGAUGUGCUGUCACAUGUCCAUGCCACUCCAAAGAUAAAUACGUUACAUUUGGACCAGGUUCUGACAGCUUUUGUUACAGCAUUGUUUCAGGCAUUUUAUUAUUUGCUGCUUGUCUUUUCUUCUGUCAUAUAAUCUUUUUCUCGUAACCAUAAGCUUGCGUUUUUGUUGUUA